AUGUGUUACAGUCCUGGUGUAAUCACUGAACAUCUUACUGAAGGAGAAUUCAUUGGAUACAAAAAGCAAUUUGGGUUUGCUGUGGUAUGUAAUACGCUGUGUUUUAGCAACGUGCCCAGGGCUCCACUAUCAGUGCAGCGCCAGUCUGGGCAGUUGGUGUUUAAUAAUGGCUGUCGGUCUGGGCAGUUGGUGUUUAAUAAUGGCUGCCGGUCUGGGCAGUUGGUGUUUAAUAAUGGCUGCCAGUCUGGGCAGUUGGUGUUUAAUAAUAGCUGUCAGUCUGGGCAGUUGGUGUUUAAUAAUGGCUGUCAGUCUGGGCAGUUGGUGUUUAAUAAUGGCUGUCAGUCUGGGCAGUUGGUGUUUAAUAAUGGCUGUCGGUCUGGGCAGUUGGUGUUUAAUAAUGGCUGUCAGUCUUGGCAGUUGGUGUUUAAUAAUGGCUGUCGGUCUGGGCAGUUGGUGUUUAAUAAUGGCUGCCGGUCUGGGCAGUUGGUGUUUAAUAAUGGCUGUCAGUCUGGGCAGUUGGUGUUUAAUAAUGGCUGUCAGUCUGGGCAGUUGGUGUUUAAUAAUGGCUGCCAGUCUGGGCAGUUGGUGUUUAAUAAUGGCUGCCAGUCUGGGCAGUUGGUGUUUAAUAAUGGCUGCCGGUCUGGGCAGUUGGUGUUUAAUAAUGGCUGUCGGUCUGGGCAGUUGGUGUUUAAUAAUGGCUGUCGGUCUGGGCAGUUGGUGUUUAAUAAUGGCUGUCGGUCUGGGCAGUUUGUGUUUAAUAAUGGCUGCCGGUCUGGGCAGUUUGUGUUUAAUAAUGGCUGUCGGUCUGGGCAGUUGGUGUUUAAUAAUGGCUGUCGGUCUGGGCAGUUGGUGUUUAAUAAUGGCUGUCGGUCUGGGCAGUUGGUGUUUAAUAAUGGCUGCCGGUCUGGGCAGUUGGUGUUUAAUAAUGGCUGCCAGUCUGGGCAGUUGGUGUUUAAUAAUGGCUGUCAGUCUGGGCAGUUGGUGUUUAAUAAUGGCUGUCAGUCUGGGCAGUUGGUGUUUAAUAAUGGCUGCCAGUCUGGGCAGUUGGUGUUUAAUAAUGGCUGCCAGUCUGGGCAGUUGGUGUUUAAUAAUGGCUGCCGGUCUGGGCAGUUGGUGUUUAAUAAUGGCUGUCGGUCUGGGCAGUUGGUGUUUAAUAAUGGCUGUCGGUCUGGGCAGUUGGUGUUUAAUAAUGGCUGUCGGUCUGGGCAGUUUGUGUUUAAUAAUGGCUGCCGGUCUGGGCAGUUUGUGUUUAAUAAUGGCUGUCGGUCUGGGCAGUUGGUGUUUAAUAAUGGCUGUCGGUCUGGGCAGUUGGUGUUUAAUAAUGGCUGUCGGUCUGGGCAGUUGGUGUUUAAUAAUGGCUGCCGGUCUGGGCAGUUGGUGUUUAAUAAUGGCUGCCAGUCUGGGCAGUUGGUGUUUAAUAAUAGCUGUCAGUCUGGGCAGUUGGUGUUUAAUAAUGGCUGUCAGUCUGGGCAGUUGGUGUUUAAUAAUGGCUGUCAGUCUGGGCAGUUGGUGUUUAAUAAUGGCUGUCGGUCUGGGCAGUUGGUGUUUAAUAAUGGCUGUCGGUCUGGGCAGUUGGUGUUUAAUAAUGGCUGUCGGUCUGGGCAGUUGGUGUUUAAUAAUGGCUGUCGGUCUGGGCAGUUGGUGUUUAAUAAUGGCUGCCGGUCUGGGCAGUUGGUGUUUAAUAAUGGCUGUCAGUCUGGGCAGUUGGUGUUUAAUAAUGGCUGUCAGUCUGGGCAGUUGGUGUUUAAUAAUGGCUGCCAGUCUGGGCAGUUGGUGUUUAAUAAUGGCUGCCAGUCUGGGCAGUUGGUGUUUAAUAAUGGCUGCCGGUCUGGGCAGUUGGUGUUUAAUAAUGGCUGUCGGUCUGGGCAGUUGGUGUUUAAUAAUGGCUGUCGGUCUGGGCAGUUGGUGUUUAAUAAUGGCUGCCGGUCUGGGCAGUUUGUGUUUUAA